AUGUACAAGGACUCGGCCAAAAAAGAGCGUCACCUCGAGUUUCGCUCUCAAUUGGCCAACGAAAUGAUCGGUAAUUUCUGCAGUAGAAAACGCAAGUGCUAUAGUCCCGGAGCGGGAGUAGGCAGAAAAAAACAUCAACCAGGUGGUUACCCUACCGUCCAAAACGCAAUUCGUUUGUCAAAUGUCGGAGACCAUAUGCCCAAGCAGCAAGAGAAAUAG